GAGGCGAUUCAGGUCAAGUCCAUCUGAAGACCAAAGCUAAAGACCGGAAUCAAGUUUUCAUGUUAUAACGGUUCCGUUAAUUCUGAGAUGGGCAAGAGGGGAGAGAGAAAGAUGAUAAGGAUGAUGAGAAAGCUGAUCAUCUUAAUAGUUGGCCCUCUCUCCUAAAUAUACUUGAUUCACAGAGCUGAUUGUUAGUAAUGGUUGCUUGAUUGUGGACCAACAAACCAUCUCAAUCCUUGAAUUUAGUUCCAAUUUGAUUAUUAUUAUUGUCGAUCAACAAUUUUAAAGGAAUCAACAUUAUAACGGUUUGUAAUAUUGAUCCAUCAACAAUUUGGACAAAAUGUUGUGGACAAUUAAGAGAACGUCAUUUUUCUGGAUUACUGUGAUUCUUUUAAGCCAAAGCCAUGUUUUAUCCGUCUCAACAACAUCCUCAUCAUCUUCCUCAUCUGAUUUAACAUCAUCAUCUCCACCACCUUCAGAAUCAUCGAAAUCAAUUUCAGUAAUCGAUUCAUCACCAACGAAAGUUAAUGAAACUUCAAUUUCUUCAAAUACUUUCUCUAUCCAAGGAAUCAAAGAUUUCAUCUUCAAAGCUCGAGGAGUUGAUCUUGGUCGAACUUUCUCUUCCCUUCGAGGAUCGAUAAGUACACCAUUUACCGCUCUCAUGUACAUGGGAUCACUUGCCGUCGGUGCGAUUGUAAUGUUGGCCUUCUAUGAAUCACCAAUUUCCCCACUUCCAGUUCCACCUCUUCCUGAUCCACCCGUUGGCCGAUUCCCACCUGAACAUCCAAUUUGGCCACCACCAGGUCGAUCAUCUCAGCCAUCAAUUGGUCACCAUCAACAACACCCUCAGCCUCAUCAUCUUUCAGGUGCAUCAUCAUCUCCUCAUCAGAUAACUGGACCUGGUCCAAUGAUAACUUCAUCAUCUGAAAUUCACCAAGUUGCCGUUCGUCCACCAGCAGGUUAUAUUCACCGACGGACAGGGACAGAAAACGGAAAUGGUCAACAGUUUCCCAUGAAAGGUCAAAAACAGUUAAAUCCAUUGAACUCAAUUAAAAGUAAAAUAAUUAUCUCAAAGGCAAACAAAUUACCAGUAUCAACUGGUAUUGAAUUAACUCCCGAAGCAAUUAACACCAACAACAACAACAAUUUACCCUUAGUUAAUAAUGGUGAUUCUCCUUCCGGUAAUUACAACGGUACCACAAUUAAUGAAUCAACAGGAACAAUUAACUCAACAGUUUCUUUACUUGCAAGUUUCAUCAAAGAUAAACCACAAAAAUUAUUUGAUAUUUUAAUGCCAAGAACUUCCGACAACAACAAUAAUAAUAAACAAAAUUAAUUGCGACAAUUUAAUUAGCCGAUGUACAAAUUAAAUUGAUAACAUUGAUGAUAACAAAUUGUCUUGUUAUCAUUUCAUGUAUAAUUUAAAUCAUGAUCAUCAACAAUAAUUAACUCUCAUCUCACUAAUCAUGAUUUGCUUUUUUUAAAUCAACUCAUCCCACCUUAAUUUAUGAUUGAACUUUCAAAAUUUGAUUCCUGGAAAACUCAAACUAAAUCCAGUUUAUCAUGAAAAUAAACAAAUUUUAUUUAUCAUUGUUAAUUAACU